AAUAACAUCAUUCUAACAACACUUUCCUUUCAACUUAUGUCCACUCUCUCUCUAUAGGUGCCAUCUUCAUUCUUCACUCACUCUCUUCAACCCCCAAAACCUCCCUCUCCACCACCACAAACUUCAACUCCCUCCAAUGGAAACCAACAACAACAAACAACACAAAAAGAAAAAAUGGUUUGCACCACUAAUCUUCUCACUUCUACUAACCACCUUCCUAAUCCUCCUCUCCAUCUUCAUCUCCUCCGAUUCCUCAUCCUUACUCUACCUUUCUCGUUCAACAACCACAAAAAACUCACCUCAUUUCGUUGAAUCAAAGCUAAGAAUAUCUUCAACAUCACCCAUUAACUCAGUUCCAAGGAUCGCUUACUUGAUCUCAGGUUCAGUUGGUGAUGGUGAAAGUUUAAAGAGAACCCUUAAAGCCCUUUAUCAUCCAAGGAAUCAAUAUGCUGUUCAUUUGGAUUUAGAAGCUUCUCCUCAAGAAAGAUUAGACCUUGCUAACUUUGUUAGAAAUGAACCUCUUUUUGCUGAAUUGGGUAAUGUUAGAAUGAUUGUUAAGGCUAAUUUGGUAACUUAUAGAGGUCCUACUAUGGUUACAAAUACUCUUCAUGCUGCUGCACUUUUGUUCAAACAAGCUGGAAAUUGGGAUUGGUUUAUUAAUCUUAGUGCUUCUGAUUAUCCUUUGCUUACACAAGAUGAUCUACUACAUACACUGUCAUCAAUUCCAAGACACCUUAACUUUAUAGAGCACACAAGUGAUAUUGGCUGGAAGGAAGAUCAGAGAGCCAAGCCUGUUAUAAUUGACCCGGCUCUUUAUAGCGUCAAUAAAUCUGAUGUGUUUUGGGUGACAGAGAAAAGAAGUGUUCCCACUGCAUAUAAGCUGUUUACAGGUUCUGCGUGGAUGAUGCUCUCUCACCAAUUUGUUGAAUAUAUUUUAUGGGGAUGGGAUAACUUGCCUAGAAUAGUGUUGAUGUAUUAUGCCAAUUUUCUGUCUUCCCCUGAAGGAUAUUUCCACACGGUCAUCUGCAAUGCCGAGGAAUUUCGUAACACUACUGUGAACCAUGACCUCCAUUUCAUAUCAUGGGACAACCCUCCGAAACAACAUCCACACUACCUUACAGCUGAACACUACCAGAGUAUGGUGGAAAGCAAUGCUCCUUUUGGUCGAAAAUUUGGCAGGAACGAGCCUCUCUUAGAUAAAAUUGAUACUGAACUCUUGGGACGAAAUGACCAUGGUUAUGUGCCUGGCAUGUGGUUCAGUCGAGCAAAUCCAAACAUCACCAAACCUUAUUCUUCUAUAAGAAAUAUCACUGAACUUAAACCUGGCCCUGGUGCAGAAAGGCUUAAACGCCUUAUCAAUGGUUUAUUAUCAGCAGAAGAUUUUAAGAAAAAUCAGUGUUCUUGAUAUCUAUCAUUGCUGUUUUUUAACUCCAUCAUUUAAGAGCAACAUGCAAAUGAUUGAUAUUGCUAUUGCUAUGUCCACUUUCGGCACACGAGGUUGCUUUGAGACCAGUCAGGAAAGACGAUAACAAUAGAAAACACAGAAGAUAGCUUCUUCAGAAACACAGCAUUGUCGACUACUUAUUUUUUUACACUAAUUUUUACACGGCCACAAAUAUGUUGUCCAUGUGUAUCGAUUGGUUCACACGAUUCAUUAAAUUUUACUGGAUUACAUUUGCAAGUCAUCCAUGAAAUUGUUGUGCUAUAUAGAAUGUGUUUGUAGCAAAUAAAUUAGUAUGAGGGAUUUCAGUUGUAAGUUAUAACAUAAGUAUGAUUGUGUCUAUCUGAUUGUAAACUAGGAAGUACUGAUACUAUGAAAUCUCUGUUAUUCUUCAAUGGUGAAUCUCUUUGAAACUCCUGUGAAAUUUAAAUCACAUUCAUUCUUCAA